CACGUCGUGUGCUGGGUGUCCCAGCGCCUCUGGGCAUCCCUGUGUGGGAACACCCUGUUUUUCUACAACACCAUCAAGGACGCGGAGUAUGUGGACAGGAUCGACCUUGACGGAUUUGUCUCCCUGCUGGAUGACAACAGCCGGGACCGAAACCUAGAAGCAGCUCGAUUCCAACUGCGCACCAAGGAAGGGGAGUUCAAAAUCACCGUUCCCACACUAGAAAAUCGUGAACUCUGGAAGGGCUUCAUCCAUGCUGUUGCAGAGCUCUCUCUUCCCAGCACCCUGAAUCUGCUUCCAGGCCAAGUGCACAUGUUGCAGGAGGUGGUCGAAAAAGAACGGGAGAGACAGCUUUCAGCUGCUGUCCAAGAGAACCUCUACCUUUCUCUAGUGGCAGACAUGCCGCCGUGUUUUCAUGAAGUCUCUCGGAGGGAGGCCAUGAGUCUUCUGGAAAAGUAUCCGGAUUGUGGGAACAUGCUGCUGAGACCAAGCAAGGACGGCUCCAUGGCCGUCACCACCCGCCAGGACCUGAAUGGGUCAGUGUUCCACCAUUACCGUGUCAUUCGGAGGCCGGAAGGAGGAUUUGUGAUUAAUCUGGAGACCCCAAUUCCCUGUGCCAGCCUCUAUGAAGUAAUCAAAUGCCUCGAGGAGAAAACCUCUGGAGUCCUACAGCCCUUCAUCCUCGAUAAUAUAUAUAAUGACAACAUCACUUUAGUUCAGCAGAAUGAUGAGAAUGGAGAGAAGAAACUGCAGCCCAUUACAGGAAGUCCCAGUCUGAAAACCCCUCCCUCAGGCAACCAAAAACCAACGGUAAGCCCGGAUGCAAAGUCUUUCAGCAGGCGCUGCAAUGAUGGCAGCAACGAGAUGCAGGAAUCCCGCCAUCCAGCUUGUGCCUCAGUGGGCCCAUCUAAGACGGUGAAUGCCAAGGAAUCGAAAUCCAUCCACACGGGUUCUGGCAAACGUGCCCCAAUGCCCCUUCCAAAGUUUGUGAGGAAAUUUGUGUCACCAGUUCAGGACUCGCUUCCCAGUAAUUCCAGCAGUGAGGACCAGUCCAGUGGAACUGACCAGCACCAUGUGACCGUACCCUCAAUGUCCGCGAAAACUUGCAUGCACAACAAGCAAGCCAUUCCUAAACCAUCUUUUGCCAUGGCCACUUCACCUGGAGACUUGCCCCUCGCUUUGUCAGAGGAACUUAAAAAGAAAGUGGAAGAAAGACGGGGAAACAAGUAGUGAUCUACCCAGUUCUUCGAAGCCAGCGUUUCUGCAAGGAAUCCCCAGGUCUUCCCCGAGAUCCCACGGAAAUGGCUGAAGGACUACACACCGUGCACUGACUUUGCGUGCCUUUUGAUUUGCUGGGCACAUGCACGCUGUGCACCAGUGCAGACACUCUGACGUGUGAGGAUCCAUUACUCUCGGCCUCCCGAGGCGCAGAAGCGAUCCGACGGAGCGGAGAGUGCCCACUUAGCUAAGCUCUCCAGUACAGCGCUGAGGAGCGGGGAAGAUUGACGAGGGAAAUUGAUUCUUGUUGGAAGCAGAUCGACUGGGUGGCGUAAGUGGUGGUAAAUCACAGUGUAAGUGUCACAUCAGUGCCACAAUCAUUUGUUAACUGAAAUAUUGUACAUAUCUUUGUGUACGGCCACCUGCCGUUUAUUGAAUGACUCAAUCCCCAUUUCUCCGGUUUCUUACUUGUUCUCAGCAGACGCGCACAGAAUUGAGAAUGUGAAUUUCUUGUACAGAUUUUUUUUUGCAGUUCAUUAUAUUGAGAACAAAUUUGUUUUAUUUAUUAUCCAUAAUCCUGAGGAUAUGUAAGACGCAUAAAUUAAACAUCAAUUAAAUAGUAA